CCCGAAAGAUGGCGGCGCCGCCAGACGAGGGGAGCUUGGAGUCUCGCAUCAACAAAGCUACCAACCCACUCAACAGAGAGACAGACUGGGAUAGCAUUCAAGCCUUCUGUGAACGACUGAACAAUGAACCUGACGGUCCUCAGCUGGCCACCAGGCUUCUGGCUCACAAGAUCCAGUCGCCCCAGGAGUGGGAAGCCAUGCAGGCACUAAUGGUUCUAGAAACAUGCAUGAAGAGCUGUGGGAAAAGGUUCCACAGCGAGGUGGGGAAGUUCCGGUUCCUGAACGAACUCAUCAAAGUAGUCUCUCCCAAGUAUUUAGGUUCCCGUGCCCCUGAGGCAGUGAAGAAGAAAGUGCUGGAGGUCAUGUACAACUGGACCUUGGUGCUACCAGAGGAGACCAAAAUCUCAGAUGCUUAUCAGAUGCUGAAAAAGCAAGGCAUUGUGAAGCAGGACCCGGCACUUCCUGAUGAUAGAUCCCUCCCAAUACCGCCACCCCGACCCAAGAACGCUAUCUUUGAGGAUGAGGAGAAGUCAAAGAUGCUGGCACGCCUGCUGAACAGCACUCACCCCGAGGACCUGCGGGCCGCCAACAAACUCAUCAAGGAAAUGGUGCAGGAAGACCAGAAGCGGAUGGAGAAGGUGUCCAAGCGGGUGAACGCCAUCCAGGAGGUGAAGGAGAGCGUGGGCCUGCUGACGCAGCUCCUGGGGGACUACAGCAACGAGAGUGCCCAGAACAACGAGGAGCUCAUCAAGGACUUGUACCAGCGCUGUGAGAAAAUGAGGCCCACACUGUUUCGCCUAGCCAGCGACACAGAGGACAACGACGAGGCCUUAGCGGAGAUCCUGCAGGCCAACGACAGCCUCACCCAGGUGAUCAACCUGUACAGGCAGCUUGUGAAGGGAGAGGAGGUCAACGGGGACAGCUCGACCAUGCCUCAGCUCAAAGGAAGUAGCACUGCUCUGCUGGACCUGUCAGGCCUUGAUACUUCGCCCUCCGCUCCGACUGUCCCAGAGUUCCCCUCUCAGCCCACCCCUUCACAGGAAAUUGGCAUCAGCCUGCUGGACGAUGAGCUCAUGUCGCUAGGGUUGACUGAUGUGGCCCCUGCAAGCUCUAAUCUGGCUUCCCAGUCCGGAGACGCAACGACAUGGAACUCUUUUCAGUCUUCUGAUAGUGUCGACCCACCUGCUCCAGUCGCACCUGCAGCGGUGCUGUUGCCCUCUGUGACUGCAGCACCUGCGGCACCUGCAGUCCCAGUUAGCGGCGCUCCACCUACCACCAAGGCCCUGGAUGAGCUGGACCUGCUGGGCAAGACGCUGAUGCAGCAGUCCCUUCCCCCCGAGAGCCAGCAGGUCAAAUGGGACAAACUUCAGUCUCACUCCAAGCCCACUCUGCGCGACCUUCAGACCAAGACGACCACGAACCCCAGCCCAACGCCCAGCCCCAUCCUGACCCUGACCUCGGACCAGCCAGAGAUGCUCCUGGACGCCCAGCACGGCCUCGGCGCUCCCUCGCUAGACCUGACCUCUGGCACUAGCACUCCCCCGAAUGACAUUUCCUUAGCUAAUGUGAAUGUACCCUUGGAAUCCAUCAAACCUAGUAGCAUGUUGCCUGUGACUAUAUUUGAUAAACACAGUUUGCGGGUGCUGUUCCACUACGCGCGGGACUGUCCCCCUUCACGGCCGGACGUGCUGGUGGUCAUCAUCUCCAUGCUGUCCUCCGCCCCCAUACCCAUCACCAACAUUCGCUUGCAGUCGGCCGUCCCCAAGACUAUGCGGGUGAAGCUACAGCCUCCGUCCGGCACGGAGCUGCCGGCCUUCAACCCCAUCCUCCCCCCCGCCGCCAUCACCCAAGUCCUGCUGCUGGCCAACCCUCACAAGGAGAAAGUACGAUUGCGGUACAAGCUCACCUUUGAUCUUGGAGAGGAAUCACAUGAUGAGUCUGGGGAUGUUGAACAGUUCCCACCCCCAGAGAACUGGGGGAACCUUUAGGAAAACGGACCAGCUUCCUGUUUGAUGAUCCGUUCUGCUUCCUACUACCCUUUGCCCGAUGGUGUGAACUCGAUACAAUAAUCCUGUCAAUGGUCCUGCUUUUUGAAACUGCAGUCCGUUCUCAUUGCCCACUGCAGUCCUCUAGCUCUGCCUCUUGCCUACCUGUCUGAGUCUGGCUAGUGUGUCUCUUUCUUCAUUUCUCAUUCCAAUGAUUGACGGUUAUGAAAUCAGCCAUGUCCCUCUGCUUGAACACUGUACUUGAUUUAGCUGUGUGCAAAUGUAACCAACUACAACAACCCCGUUGCUAUGACUUCCAAGCAAGUAAGUUGGGCCUUUUUUUUUUUAAACAGAACGUCAGAUGUGUGUGUGCAUGUAUUUGUGUGUGUGUGUGUGUGUGUUUGUGUGUGAGCGAGAGAGAGAGAGAGAGUGUGUGGGACUGUUUGCAUUUCUGUUCAGCAUUUACUCAUCUGUGUCGUCAAGUACUAAAGAAAGAAUGAAACGAAGCCGUCAGUCCAGUCGUCUCGGUUUUACCAGUCGCAUAGUGACAGGUACAUGCAGUGGGCAGGUAGAGGUCUCGAACCACACAACCGGAUAAUGUGUCUAUCUGUGAUAUAUAACAUGCAUCCAGUCCUCUACAAAGGAAAUCCAAAUUAUCCCUUUCCAUGGACUUGAAGUUUAUCAGAUUGUUUUCACCUGUUUUUUUUUUUUUACUAUUAUUUAAACAUUUUUCUGUCUGAUAUUCCACAUGAAGUUGCACUUUCUUUUGCACAUUACCUCCCAAAUACUGACUUAUCGUUUUAUUCCACUACAUUACGUAGUAUUCACUCUAGACAACACACAGUUGGAGCUCACCUGGUCUUUAGAAGGAACCUUAAAAGGGGGAACCGUGCGGACUAUUUGUGUCCGCGGUCCUGAGCCGUCUGCACUUCCCUUGUUGACUGCUGUAGACACCCAAAGGGAGCCCUGGUUUGGGGGUUCCACCAGGCAAGCUGUCGAUGCUGAAUUCUUGUUUGAAAAUCUACCGUAUGUGCCUGAGCCGACACGUUUCUUUUGCGUUUCUAGUUCCAGUCUUGUUCUGUUUCUUUUAUUAUUCUUUUUUUUUUUUAAAGCUGUGUAGAGAUACAUGUCGUACAUUAGUCUUUUAAGUUUGGAAUUCCAUUUUGAAGAGAGCUGUUUGCAAAUGUUUUUUUGUUUUGUUUGUUUGUUUGUUUGUUUGUUUGUUUGUUUUCUGCUUGGUAAAUUAAUUGUGUUCACACUAACCAUAGAGUGCAUCAGGGACAGGGAGUUAUUUGGAAGCAAUUUGUGUGUUAACUUGUGAGAUCAUGAAGAAUAGAAGACGGUUAACGGUUAACACAGUUGGAACUCUCACCAUUCUCCACCUGUGCUGCCUCUUUGGAUCCUCCCCUGGAAUAUUCUCAUGUAAACCCUAUUGUGAUGUUGCACUUCUGACUUGUUGCCCCCACCCCCCCUUGCUUACCCCAGUAUGGUUGAGCCUGUGCCCCCAGGCCUGGGGAGGCUAUGAAUCAAUGACGUCCCUCCAGGAGAGACCGGACUCAUAAGCUGAGCCUCAUACCCACUCAGCUAAUGGGAGCUGAAUGGCUUGCGCUUGAGGAAGGCCAAGCUGACUGCCAUGGCAAACGUGGCAUCCUCAGUCUCCAAAACACAUUCCGAACACCCCCAUCUGCCCACCUGCAUCAUUACCCCCCCACACCCCCAUACCCCCUAAUGCUCAUGCUACUUGCUCACUUCAUUGCCCUUCCUUAACUGGUCUGAUUUUGUAAAUAGUAUCGGUAUUGCAAUUAUGUACAUUUGCCAAAAAAGAAUACAAAGAAAUACAGAUGCAAAAUCAUUAUGGAGGGAAAAUGGAGAGAAUGUAGUGCAAAUAUGUAUUUAAGGGAAAUAAAAGUUAUUCUUUUU